AUGGCAUCCGACGACAUUCAUCAAAGGGAAAAGGACGUGGUGUCCUCGGUGCGACCGCCCCAUCAGAGACGCUUGAGUCCCUUUGUUAUCUCAGGCCGCCCGGAGGAGAAACAAUUAGGCAUCUCGACUCGUCGGCUGAAUGUCAAUGACUUCACGCUGCUGAAGACACUCGGUACCGGUACCUUUGCUCGUGUAUGGCUCGUGCAGUUGAAGGAAGAGCAGCACCGAAAGGAUAAAGUCUACGCGCUCAAAAUGCUCAGGAAAGCGGACGUCAUAAAGCUGAAACAAGUUGAGCAUGUGCGCAACGAACGGAAGACUCUGGCGGACGUUUCCGGACAUCCAUUCGUAACCACAUUAAUAGCAUCUUUCUCCGAUGACCAACACCUCUACAUGCUGUUGGACUAUUGCCCCGGAGGUGAAAUUUUCAGUUACCUCAGGCGCGCACGUCGUUUCAACGAAAACACGUCCAAGUUCUACGCCGCUGAGAUUGCAUUGACGAUCGAGUUUCUUCAUGACGUCGAGGGUGUCGUCUAUCGCGAUCUGAAGCCUGAGAACAUCCUUCUGGACGCGGAUGGACACAUCAAACUGGUUGACUUCGGCUUUGCAAAGCAAAUCGCAGACCGCGAGACCUACACGCUGUGUGGCACGCCAGAAUAUCUUGCACCCGAAGUUAUUCACAAUAGCGGGCAUGGUCUUGCGGUAGAUUGGUGGGCUCUGGGGAUUCUCAUAUAUGAGUUCCUAGUAGGACAGCCUCCCUUCUGGGAUCAAAACCCAAUGCGCAUCUACGAGCAGAUUGUCGAGGGCCGCAUUCGAUACCCUCCAAAUAUGUCGCCCGCUGCGCAGAAUAUUAUCUCCCUUCUUUGCAAGACUAAUCCGACGGAGCGGUUAGGAUACAUCUCCGGGGGCUCUGCUCGAGUGAAAGCGCAUCCUUUCUUUGAGAACAUCAAUUGGGACGACUUAUGGUACCGUCGUAUUAAGGGACCUAUAAUCCCACGAGUCGACCAUCCUGCUGACACGGGCAAUUUCGAGGAAUAUCCUGAUCCGGACGAGCGGAACCAGACGCCUUAUUCUGACGACAUGAGGAACAAAUAUGAACCGCUGUUCGCUGAUUUUUGA